CCCCUUCCUCUCAGAUCCAUCCCAGACAUUAGGCCUAUUCUUCUGGGCAGUCUCCUCUGCAGGGCAUGCUGUUUGUAAGGCUCAGCCUGGGGUUUUUGUCUAACAAAGGACUGGUGAUAACAGCUGCUGCUCUCACAUUUGGGAGGAUUAACUCAAUUCAGGGGGAAUGAGAAACUGGACAACUGUCCUGGAAGCGGCGCCCACUUGUUUUCCUGCUUACAUGGACGUGCACAUGGAUAUGUAAUCAUUGUCAUAUGUUCCUGGGCCACAGGAAACUCAGGAUCUGGUUUCUCUUAGGGGCUUCCAACAUGUGUUAUGCAGAUAAAGACACAUCUGGACGUAGUCUAGUUUUCCACCACAUAACCAUGCCAUGCCAAGAUUGCUUCUAAAAAAAUUCUAUGGGUACAGUUAGAAUCCGUAGAGGAUUCAGCAGAACAUUCUGGAGCUUGGGAUGGGAAACUACAGCAAUACCACCUGCUUCAUCGAUGACUCUUUCAAAUACAACCUUUAUGGAGUGGUUUAUAGUGUAGUCUUUGUGCUGGGAUUGAUUACAAACUGUGCUUCCCUCUGCGUCUUCUGCUUUCGAAUGAAGAUGCACAACGAAACGGCCAUUUACAUGACCAACCUUGCUGUGUCUGACCUACUGUUUGUAUUCACACUUCCUUUCAAAAUAUUUUAUAACUUCAACCGCCAUUGGCCCUUUGGAGACACUUUGUGCAAAAUCUCGGGCACAGCAUUCUUGACAAACAUCUACGGAAGCAUGCUUUUCCUUACCUGCAUCAGUGUGGAUCGAUUUUUGGCCAUUGUCUACCCAUUCCGUUCCAGAACCAUCAGAACACGGAGAAAUUCUGCAAUUGUUUGCGCAAGUGUCUGGAUUCUAGUGCUCAGUGGAGGAAUCUCCGCAUCCCUUUUCUCCACGACCAAUGUUUCCAACACAACCACCACUUGUUUCGAAGGUUUCUCCAAAAAUAUCUGGAAAACCUAUUUGUCAAAAAUCACCAUGUUCAUCGAAGUGGUUGGAUUCCUUAUUCCCUUGCUCCUCAACCUUACCUGCUCUUCUUUGGUUCUAAGAACACUGCGGAAGCCUGCGACCUUGUGUCAGAUCGGAACCAACAAAGGGAAAGUUCUGAAGAUGAUCAUCGUCCAUGUCGCCAUCUUUGUUGUAUGUUUUGUGCCAUACAAUUCCAUCCUCUUCCUUUACGCUUUGGUACGCUCCCAGGCAAUAGCAAACUGCUCUAUCGAAAGAUUUGCACGGACAAUGUAUCCGAUAACCUUGUGUAUCGCGACGAUGAACUGUUGCUUCGACCCUUUUGUGUAUUACUUCACGUCCAAAUCUUUUCAAAAGUCCUUUAACAUUAACCCUCUGAUAAAGAUGGAUAACCUCUUCAAGAUUGAUUCCGCAACCAAAAUAGCACUGCCGGUAACACAAGAGGAACUAACUGAGCAAAUGAACAUUAACAACGGAGGGGAUUUGAUGCUGUCGUCUCAUUUUAAGGACACCGGUUCUAUAUAAUGGAAUAAAAUGGGACAAAAUGUCUCCGGUGAAUGGGACUCUAAUUUAUGAAGGAUGCUUUGAGCUCUGUGGUCAGUAUUAUAGAUGGAAUAAAUGUGUAUAAAAAAAUAGAAAGUUUUAAUUUAAUUAGAUAUAUAUUGUCUGGUAUCCUGUAAAAAAAAUGCAAGUGUUGUUCACAAAAGUUUUAAUGUUUUUGUGUAAAUAUGAAGUAUUGUAGAUGUAUGUGCCCCGUUGCCAUUGUUCCAGUAUUUACACCUUUUGAAUGUGGAAAAGAGAAAAACAAAAAAAUUACUAAAAAAAAAUAUUACACACAUAUGUUGGCUUCUCUU